AUGGCUGCUUCUGAAACAAGAAUGAACAAAGGGAGAGAAAAAGAAGAGGCCAUAGCAAACGGAGUGAAGUUGAGAGCACUUCAAGCGGGUCUUAUGCAGAAGUCAAGCCCAUCCUCUACUUACAGUAUCAGAGUCCCUUCUUCCUCUUCUGCUGCUUCACCAGCUUCUCGUCCUCUCCCCAACCUCUCUGCUCACGAUUACCCUGUUUUCACUCCUAGCUAUGAAGAUGAGCCUGUGUCUGCAUUUCGUCACAAGAAUCUCACUUUAUCUGAGAACUGGGAUGAAUCUGGUGUUGGUUUAGUGGAAGGAGAUCAUGAAGAUGAAGACUUGAGACAUGCUUACCUCUCUGAUUCCUACAAAACCUCAACUUCAAGAAAGACUUUAACGCCUCAUCAAGAUUCUCAUCAUCAUCAUCAUCAUCAUCAUCAUCAUCAGUCUCAUGUUUACACGAUGUCGGACGCUCUCAGAUCCCCGCCGCUACAUUUUUAUACAUCCGGCAGAAGCAACUGCGGCUCGGUCGACUUUAGAUCGGUCUCUUCUUGCAAUGAGUACAAACAAAAAGGCUUCGACACCAAGACCUCGAAGAACUCUAAUCUUAUUGUGCCCUUGACGGAUUCGCACUCUGCUGUCGUUUCUUCUCAGCCAAGGAACCGUGGAGGAAGAGUGAUGUCUUGGUUAUUCCCCAAGUUAAAGAAGAAGCAAAAGAGCAAUUCAAUCUUUAAUUCCCCUCAUAGAACUGAGAAAUCGGAAGAAGUUUCUGAGGCGUUGAAGGAUUCUGGCUCAGGUGUUGAGAAUUUGAAGAGAGAGUUGAUGGAAGCAAAUAGAAGUAGGGACGCUGCGUUAACACAAGUCUCGGAGAUGAAAUCUUCUUUGGGAGAGUUCAGUGAGAAGCUUCAGUACUUGGAAAGUUACUGUGACAGUUUAAAGAAAGCUUUGAGAGAAGCAACAGAAGUAGUGUCACAGGGGAAUAAUAAUGUUGCAAGAAGCUCAGGGAAGAAGAACUCAGAGAUGCCAGUGAGUGAAGAUGUGAUGGUUGAAGGGUUCUUGCAGAUCGUGUCGGAAUCAAGAUUGUCGAUAAAGCAAUUCUUGAAAACAUUAGUGGCAGAGAUCGACGAAGAAGACUCGACUCUAAUUGGUAACAUCAACACUCUCCUUCAACCCCACAGCUUAUCAUUCACCUCUAAGUACUCCAAAAUCAUUCAGUACCACUUAGAAGCGAUCAUAAGCCAAUCGGUAUACCAAGACUUCGAGAACUGCGUCUUCCAGAAGAGCGGUAAGCCGAAAUUGCUCGAUCCGGAACAAGACCGGCAAGCGAAGUUCUCGUCUUUUGCUUCCUUGAGAAACUUGAGCUGGAACGAGGUAUUGAAAAAGGGUACAAAAUACUACAGUGAAGAGUUCAGUAGAUUCUGCGAUGAGAAGAUGAGUUUGAUCAUUACAACACUGAGCUGGACAAGACCUUGGUCCGAACAAAUGCUUCAAGCCUUCUUUGUGGCAGCAAAAUGUGUAUGGUUGCUUCAUUUGCUUGCCUUCUCGUUCAAUCCAGCGUUAGGGAUCUUGAGAGUGGAGGAGAACAGAGUGUUUGAGUCGAGUUAUAUGGAAGAUAUGGGUGCAGAUAGAGACAGGCAGAGAUCAUCAUCGUCCCGUGGACCGGCUCGGGUUAAGGUUAUGGUGAUGCCUGGGUUUUAUGUUCAAGAUAGGGUUUUGAGAUGUAAGGUUCUUUGCAGGUACAAGUCAUAG